GUCGGUCUGGUGACUCCGGGUAGUUCCUGCCAAGAGUCAGAGCAAAGCGCACACACGCAAACCAGGCAGUGCGCCUGUGCUGCAGGAUGGCUGAGGAGUAUUACGCGCCCCGUCCGCUCUGAGAGGACACGUCUAGAAAGGGAAAGGGUCUGAGGUUGGAUACAGGAACAAGAACCUGACUGGAUCUGGCCAAAAUGCGGAGUCCUGAGCUGUUGACACUGUUGUGCAGUGAGAGGAGGUUAAUGUGGGUCGAUCUUCUCUUGCGGUGAAUCAUGCCUGCAGGCUGAUCUUCUGACAGGGAAAGUUGUUCGUGGGUUGUUUUGAUCUGAGACAACAUGCAUCUGUUUCGGAGUCACAAUUACCGAGUGUUCCCGGACCGAUUCUCAGUGGAAACGCCGAGCAUCCGAGGAAUCAGCUGGGUAUGCUGCUUUAACCAAUCCUUUAGACGAGUCACUAAUAUAACGUAGAACAAGAAAUGGUGUAUACUAUGUUGAUGAUCUGAAUAUUUGAUGAUAUUCGAUCUGCAAUGCAGGAAUAUCAAGACGCAUGCUUGUUUGGCAUUAAAGCCUGGCGUGCGUAAAGGUGCAUUGGCAUCAAAAUACGCCACAAAUGUCAAAAUGUUAAUAACUAAAUCUUAAUUUGUUGAUUUGCUUAUUUUACAAGUCAAUAUGUGAUAUUUUGGGAUUAUACUAAAGGGGGUAUUAAUGCGUAAUCUCUGUUUAAUGACGAUAAUCUGCAAAGUGAUUUACUGGUGGAGUAAAUAAAGUGCACUGAGUGAUAAACAGCCUCCAAUUUCACCAAAAGUGAAAGUUGAAAUGAGCAAAGCAUGACCAUUCUCAGGUUAAGAUGUGACACUUCAAUACAGUAUCACUGAGUAAAUGUACUCCUUUACAUUCCUCCUAUAAUAAGGAUCACCGUCUUUGUGUACCCCACUCAUUUGUAUUGUGUUGUAUCUUUAUAACUCUGUGUUUUUAUGUGGAUGAAUCUGACACUUCAUCACAAAACAACAACUCAGAGAUGGCAUUUGCUCUUUGUAAAUUUCAUCAAUUAUUCUGAACCCCAGCUGGAGGCUGCUGAUGAAUCUUCUGAAAACCCAUAAUCAUAAUUUAUUGUACAAAUUGGCUGACGCUGAAUGUCAGACACAUGGAGCUUUAAUAGCCCUGAAAGCUUUUUAUUAAAGUGCAAACGUCCACUUUGCACGAGCGCAUUAAAUGCAUUUCGUGCUGAAAGUAAAACGUGUUAAUGUGACAGAUGCAGCGUUGUUACCCUUUCGUCUUCUCACCCACACUCUCACACAGUUAAGGUCCCCCCCCAAAAAAAGACAGCAGAUUGUAGUUAUUUCAAGAAUGCUUAGAGUGGACUGUGGCAGAUUCCUCUAUUGUUUCAGCAGCUUGGGUGUGGGAACACAGGACGGUCAUAAGGCACAAAGGUUUUUUAAAUCAAACUCAGGGUUAUUAAUAGUGUAUUGUGUACCUUGAGCGCUACACCCCCGCUCAGUUUACAGAGGAGUUUUUUGAAGACAAAUACACAAAGGGGAGGUAAUUGUUUCCAAGUCACAGGAAGACACGGAGCAGAGCUGAGGCUCUUAGGUUCUAAAUUUACUCGACUUUUAAGCAUCAAUGGGUCAAAGAAGACUGUAAAUCUACACAGGCCGCCUUCUGAACUUCCUGCUGCUGAAAGCCAAAUAUCAACGCCGUAUUUCACACAAAACUGCUACAAAGGCUAGAUGACAAUAAACUGUAAAUUUAACUGACUGUAUUCUGGCUUUGGCGUUCCAGUUCAACCCCCUGAUAGCUUCAGUCUUAAUUAUCCUCCAGUGUAGCGUGCUGCACAUACUCUCAAAUGUCACACACAAGUGGUUAAACUUGUUGUCACUGCACGAGGCGAGUGUAUGUUUAUACAGGUUAUCUCAGUCAUUAUAAAUUACACAAGAGCUCUUCCCAAGAGCUCUUCAUUACAGGUCAAUCACAAGAUUUACACGGAGGCGUGAUGGCCGAGUUUACAACACACGACGACUUCAUGGUGAUGCAUUAACCUGACACUGUUCACAUCUUUCCUUUGGAACUAACUGACGUAAAAGCAGACCCCUCAAUUCUUCAUGUUUUCACUGCGACCAUAUUUUUCUGAGUGGCGCCAUACGGCUGUUUCCCAGGCUAACAAAUCAUGGACAACAAACUGAGGCCAUUUUACUGCUUCUAAGUUAUUCAGCAGCCGAAAAAAGCCAGGAGAUAGCUGAGCAAGUGACUUUAACACCGAAAUAUGCUGUUUACGUUAGACCAGCUAGAGGAAAUACUUGCUUACUUGCUAACGUUUAGCUCGAGCUAACAGUAAUUUAGUUGGGUGAUUGAGUAUUUUGGUUCCCAUAUUUCAUUGUAAAUCUUUUUAUAGUGUGUUUAUAAAGGGUAAAGGUUUACGCAUGAAUCGGCAGGAUUAGGAGGGAGACCAACAGCCCAUCUCUGAGAGGGCUAAAAUGCUGCGAUGGCGCCAUAGGGUUAUUUCUUAGGCUAACAAAUCAUGGACAACAAACUGAGGCCAUUUUACUGCUUCUAAUUCAGCAGUAGAUAGCUGUCAACUAGUCACUAGUAGAUAGUAACUUUAAUACCAAAAGAUGCUGUCAACAUUAGACUAGCUAAAAGAAAUACUUGCUAACUUGCUAACGUUUAGCUCUAGCUAACAGUAAUUCAGUUGGGUAACUGAGUAUUUUGGUUCCUGUAUUUCAUCGUAAAUCUUUUUAGAAUGUGUUUUAAAAGGGUAAGGUUUAUGCAUGAAUCUGCAGGAUUAGGAGGGAGACCAACAGCCCUCCUCAGCUUCAUGUUUUUGCCCGUUUCUAGGUUGAUUGAAAGUUAGUUGGAGUUAGCAUCCCUGAUAUGGCGCCCCCUAUUGUUUGUUUUGUCACCACAGAGAUCCUGUGUCGUACAAUCCAGCUGUUGCAUCUGAACUUGUUGUUUUUACUCUAGAGAGAGGCUACUCUUUGGAUUUUUCUUUAUCAUUUUGUUUUUCAUUUACUUUAAGAUGAUUGGUUAAAGUCUCUGAAUUUAUGAGACGCAGCAGGACAACUUUCCAACCACAUUUGAGGUUUCUGUCUCAGUUUGGCGUCAGAGGAAAAUGGCUACCAUGUGAAUAUUGUGAGGAGGUUCAUUUCAUAAGUGUGGGAUGUAGAAUCUGCUAUAGGCAUGAUUUAACCGCCAGGGUCAACUCUGAGCAUCAUUAUGAGAGCAGAAAGCUUUGUUUUCUUGUCUUUGCUGCUCCUGUGACACAGAUGAAGAAAAACAACAAAAUAAUCCUCUUUUUUGUCCUUAUGCAGAUUCCUAAGUGUGUGUGCCAGUCCACAGGGAAGACAGGAUUCUUGUUUUUUGACUUUUUUCGUUUACACAUGGACCACAUUUGUCAUUUUGGUUAGGUCACAACAGUAAUCAACUAUCAUAAAUGGUUUUAUGGGGUCAUGUUCAUACAAAAAUACUUUAAUUAGAACCCAAAUUACCAUGAGUCAAGCUGCAUCAUGUUUAUCCAUCUCUUAGCCUGCUAUAAUAAACUUACAGCGGGAGCCAAUAAUUUUUUUAUGAGCCGGUUAAAACAGUUGGCAACACGCCAUCCAGGCUGUGGUCAUGUGACGUCGGUGGCUGAGGAGCAGAGCAGACAAAACACGCCACAAAGUCUGUCUGCUUAAAGCCUGGAGACGCUUUAACAGAUGCUUAUCUGAAAUGUGAGGAGAUGAUCGCAACUUCCUGAUCAAUGCGGACAGCGAGCAUAUGUGUGAGUGUCAGCCAUGGCAUGUGACCACUUUAAAUACUUUGAAUGUUUUUGCAAGCUGUUCAUACAAUACACAAAGUCAUACCUAUAAAUACAGGUACCUGUAUGCUAUUUUAAGUUAAUGUUUGUAAGAUGAACGCGUCCAAUUUGUGCCACCUGUUAGUUUUCCAGACAUGGCGACAAAAGCGAAUUCCCCCACAAGCUACCAGAUUUAGAGUGAAUAUUUGAUCUUAUUAAAUGUCUUUAAAAGGAUUUGUAAAGUCUUUGAAUUAAAUCCAUUUGCCUUGGGAAUGCAAAUUGAGUAGAGCAGCUGAGAGUGAGGGAUCAUAAAAUCAUAAAAACAAAAAGAGGAAAUGCAGCCUUGGCCGAAGUACAGACUUGGGAAUGUUGGAUAUUUGUGUGUGUGAACAGGUUCGAGUUAAACAAAGGUGAUCUCACUCUUAAAAGAGCAAAAAGGAGAGACUUAUCCAGAAGUAGUUUUAUUUUAAACCUACUGCUGCAGAGGACCGGUGUUUAAAUAAAGAUUGUCUGAAGUAUCCUGGCAGUUUGAAGCACUUUUUAAUUUCAAGACUGUGUGGAAACAGACGGUGUCCUUUUUUCCUCCCACUUCAUUACACACACUUCACACCCACCCACAUCCCACUGGAGACAAUGGUAACACCGCACAGGUUGAGAUAAUAUAUUUGUGUUGACCUCAAUACCAAAGAAAGGAAAAUAAUAGUCUUUUUUUCCACCUCUGGACGGUUCAGCUUGGUUUUAAGUGUUCAUUAUCGUGGAGAUUAUCAUCACAUCCUGUCCGGCUUGUUCCAGAAGAAUGCUGUUCUAAAGAAAGUUAUCGGCUUUAUAUCAGAGGCUUUAGACAUGCAGAAAUGGUUCAGUAACGACUCUUUCUUUUGUGUUUCUCUCAGACGCCGCUGCCGGAGUCCGUUGGUCCUAAGGACACAAUGAAGCAGGUGUGUAUGCUGAGGAUGUGAGAUAUGCUUCGGUAAAUUAGCUUCAAACAGCCACAGGAAAAUGCUUACUGUACGUUCUCGCUGCAGGGGUGUGUCUAAAAGGUGGCAAUGACCCCCUGGCCACCCUUGAACCCAACUCUGAAAUAUGAGUCGCCACCCCUAAUCCUCAAUUAUGACUGGAUGAAAUAGAAUUUGAAGGUUUGCAGUGAUUUUAACACAAUAUUAAAUUAAAAUAAAGCAAACACAACAUUACACUUUUAUGAAAAAUAUUACAUGCUAUGCUAAUUUUCAGUUUGAUGCUAGCAACAUGUCUCAAAAAAGUUGAAACAAAGACAACAAAACAUUGAAAAAGCUGUGUAAUGCCAAAGAAAAACCUACAGAGGACGUCUACAAGCCAUUUAGGUUCAUUUGCAACAUGUUAGUAGGUAAAGAUACAAGGACAUUCACUAUUUGUGAGAGACUUCGAGAGCAAAUAGGUUAGCAUUUUCCCCCAACAAUGUCCCUCAGAGCAAAACUAGCCAAACACUAAAGAGUAAAGUGUCAGGAUUUCUUUGAAGAUCUCCAAAACAGGCGACUCAUCAUUAGGUAACAGUAUUUGACACAGUUUGGCACAGGCCUUGAAUGUCAGUCAUCAACCUCGUGGUUUUCAGCUGUUCUGACCUCUGCUAUCAUCCCGAGUUGCAGUGUUUGCAUCCUCUCAAACUGCUGAACUUGGUCUUUUGUUGUUAUUAUAUCCUGCAUUACUACUCAAGCGAGUCUUUAGAAAAAAAAACACAUUCCUAGCAGGGCAGGCAGUCAGAAGGAGUCUAAAGGGCACUUAAGGGCUCUCGGUUAAUUGACCCUCUCCACCAUCCUUACCUCACCAUGACCCGGCCCCUUCGCACUGUUUUAUCUCAGCUCCUCCAAGAGUGUGUCAAGGGGAGAAUAUUUAAAUCACUGAUAACAGAGUUUAACAUGGACAGCAUCUUUCAACACCAGAAAAAGAGUCCAUGCCUGUACGUUCAGUUUUGUGCUGGGGAGGGAGGCGAUACAGAGAGUAAUGGUGUCUGCAGGAGGCAGGUGUUGCUAACCUCUCUGGGCUUUGUUUGGUUGCUUAGCAAGCGUUGGCUCCAGGUUCCUAUAGCUGCUAAUGACCAUCAUACAUUUUCUUAUCUCUAUACAAGACAGAUUGUUUUUAAUAACCAGUAGUCUUUGAAGCAUGCUUUUGUACACAUAAGUAGAAUUUACCUUAUUUGAUAUAUAGCUGGAGAAUUAAUAUCCGCUGGUCACAUUAACAGGACUGCAGUGAAAGUUUGACAUACUAAUAAUCUAAUGGCCGUCUCCAAGGCCUGGAAAAACAUAUUAGCCUUAUCAGUCAGGGGUUUCAGGAUGGAAAUGUUGCCCUCAGAGCUGGCUCUUGUAUUUUUCUCACACUGAGACAGGGGGGGAAAAAGUCAGGUAUCUGUAUUCUACAGAGCUGCACUGAGCUCUGCGUCAAACUCUCACAGUGUUGAGCCGAAACUACUUCUCACACAGCUCAGCCCACUGAGGUCAGCCAGAGAGCAAGAAACAGAGAGAUGUGUCGCCUACAAAGGAGACAAGGAGUGGAUUACUGUACUCAUCGCUAUUCAACCCCACAAUGCCUCAAAACAAACCACAUACCACACACUUUACUGUCACUGCGAAUCCACAAUAGCUCCUGACUGUGUACUUGAGGCACUUAUAGGCUAACAGUAAGUAUUAAGAGUUAGUUAAUUAGUCUAAGAAAAUAGCAGAUAGUCCACUGUCCAUUAGCAUCCUUCAGUGUAUAGUGGUUAAUUUUGAUGCUCAGUUGAUCAGGUCCAAGCUCUUGAACUCUCGGCUUCUCCUGCAAAGAUCUCCUCUCAAACUACAGCCUUUUCAGCAACUCAACUCAGUUUUCUUUCUGUGAUUUGUCAGUAGCAUUCUCAAAAUCCUCAAAAUUUCUCACAGGUUCAUGAAGUUACAUUAGCCUGAUGGACUAGGACUUCUGCGAUGCUACAUGCCUAGCUAUUUUUGUGUCACAACAAGGACAUAGACCUUUUCAUGUAGGCCGGUAAUGUGUAUUGUGACCACUGUCUCCUGUUUUGAAGAAGAGUGACUGCACGUGUGUAACCUGAAACUAAAGUCAAAGGAGGCCUGAGGGUACAGAUAAUAGUGGUGGUGAGGUGGUACCCAAGCACCUUUCUAUUGACCAGCAACUUGUAGACAAUACCCUGCUAAAGAGCAAACUGUACAUGCAACAGCUGUUUUGCAGCUAACCCUGCAAACUUUUGCUUGCAGUGAUAUAUGACCAUGUAAAGAUCAUAUGAGUCUGACCGUAAAAGCUAAACCAAUAUAAGUUGAUUGUUAUACUUUAUACCAGUGGUCUUAAAGGCCAGAUUCUACCCUGUAAAAUGUCCCAGAAACGCAUUAGAUACCCGUCAUAAAAAGGGGUUAUGACUGCCUGUCCAAAUCUCACAGAUGGCCCAUACAUCAGUGUCGAGCUCUGCACUCUAGCUGUGUGUGCAUUGUACUUGGAAAAGGUGUUUGCUUUGUAAUUUGACUCAUUGGGAACAAAUGCCAUCGUAGAUAAUAUGAUUAGGUGGCCUACAUGCAGACAAUAAACACACGGUACACCGAAGAGAGACAGAAAUAUCCUUUGGAGUCCUUAGUUUACAUUCAGGUUUAGCAGUGAGGUCCGAGCUGAGGUUGCUUCUGAAGUUGUUUUUGUAAGGACUGGGUAAGGUAAUGGAAAAAUUGCUUCAUCAAGAAAAUGAGUUCUGACGCUGACAUGCCUGAGAAUGUGACUGUGGCAGUCCCGAGGGAAAAUGGGGCCCCUGGGAAUAUGGUGGCCUAUUGAAAAGAUAACUCUAGUUGGGCACAGUGGACGCCCUAGGUCACAUUAACUCUGCUGGUGUCAGGUCUGGGAACAGACAUGCAUGGCUAUAAUGAUAGGUUAAUGUUUAUUCUGUACAUUCACCCUCACAAAAGUCAGUUAUCAGUCAUUGUAUAUCAUAAUUUACGUCUCUUCGUGAACUUGGACCUAACAAGCAUGUGUCAUGGCCUUAAGUCCAGGUGAAAGGGGAGAGGUCACGUUUGCGUCAGGAGGUCUGUGAAAAGUCAGGUGGUGUUUUUAUCCACUGAAUGAGCUUCAGAAAACUGGAUGAAAGCAGAGAUUGUGGAUGUUUGACAUUUUAUUCCUUUUACAGCCACAAAGUGUAAAAAAAGGUCUUUGUCAACUGAGUUUUUCUUGCUCUACGUUGACUAAUAUAGCCAUAACUUCGAAGAAUUGACUCUAUUUUUGAGUGCAGACUCUGGGGGCAAGUAACAUGAUUUCUGGUUUUAAGCAUUCCUGUCUCUGUUUUCAUUUUGGCUGGGAGCAGGAAGACAGGAGUUUCGGGUGAGCGAAAGAAACCAAAUGAACCAGCCAAAAUGUUAUCCAUCAGAUCAUCUUCAUCAUAUCUGCCUGUAAGAUCAGAUGACAUCCAAGUCAUUUCAACAAGAAAAGAAACGAGAACAGGAAGUAAAGAAACAUGGCUGAUGACAAGAUGGUUGUCAAGCUAAACAUUGCUCGCUGCUAAGCUGUCUGGUACAUCCAAUGUGGUCGCAAUUUCUGUUCCCCUCCUCUCCUCAUUAGUUUGAUGGUUGUAGUCCACCGAUGCUGCUGAUCAAUACAUCAAUCCUCAAUUUUCUGGCAUCAUUCACCCUCUGCGUUUACUUUUGUUGGUAUGGGUGCACUUGUUGUGCUUCCUACUUUAGCUAACUUGUUUCAUCAUUGGCUAGGAUGUCUGUUUCUGCCAUUUAAUAAUAAGAAACAAGAAAGAGUGUUAAAUUCUAAAUAGUGAGUUAAUUAAAUAAGGUAACAAAGUCAAAAUUACAAGAUUAUAAGGAAUAAAAAUUAGAUAGAAUUUUAAUGUUAUGAGAGGGUAAGUCAAAUGUAUGAUCUUAAUGAUUGUUAUGAGAUAAAAUGCUGAAUUUGUUAAAUAAUAAGUCAAAAUUAUGAUUAAAAGUAAUAUUUUGAAUGUUCGCAAUUUCUACUUUUGUUUUUAUAAUUUGACCAUUUAAAAACUAUGAAUCUUUCACUUUUUAUUAUAUGAUUAAAUUUUUAGUAAACAGUUUUGACUUUUUAUCAAGACAAAAUUAAUUUUCUUUCUCAUGAAUUUCAGAUAGUCUAAUAAUUGUGACUUAAUUUUGAGAUUUUUUUUUUGCUUCUCAUAAAUAUGUUUGUUUCUCUUAAAGUUUUGACUUUUAAUACAAAAUAAGACUUUUAUCUAAUACUUUUUCCAUUUAUUUUGACCUCUAAUCUCAAAAAUGUCUUUAUUUUAACUCUUACUUUUUUACUUCAUAAUUUUGACUUUAGUAGUAUCUCAUAGUUGUGAUUUUUAUAUCAUAUUUUUGACUCUCACUCUCCUAAUUUUUACUUUCUUUCUCAUUAUUUUGACUUUUUAAUCUCAUAAUUUCAAUUUAUAGCUCAUAGUUUUGACUCACUAUCUCAUAAUUUUGACUUUGUGUCUCAACACUUUGACUUUUUACCAUAGAUAUAGUUUAUUUCAUGUGGCCAUCCACAGAUUGCACACUUGGCUGAAGAAUCUGGCAUAAUAAUCUCAACAUCAAGCUGUAAUUUUUUCUCCGUCUUGAGUCUAAAAUAAUCUAACAAACAUUUAAAAAUCUGGUUUUUGCUUGUAAAUCAGGUCAGAAUCAGCCUGAUUACAUUGAAGCGUGUGUCCUGCUCUAGUUUUUCUAUGUUGUUGUUUUAACGUUUUGGCAGCAGCAGGGUGACACUAUGUUGAAUCACACUCCAGUCUUUGGAAUCACACAGCCACUCUGCUUCUCUUAACAGUAUCCUGCGAGAUUAAACGAAACAUUUCAUCAAAUUCAUUGAGUCUGCACCCGUCUUGGUGUGAUUUUUUCAAUGCACUUGUUCUCAUUGUGGUUAUGAUUGUUGUUGCUGAGGUUCACGGCGCUGACCCACUUCCUUUAUUUUAUCACUCCACUUGAAGAACAAGUAAAAACACAGUAAACCGUCUUUUGUUGAGUUCUCUGCUCAUCUCAAGACCACCACCUUGGGCAAACAGCAGAGCCUCGAGGAAAACACAAAGAACAAACAUACAACCGUCUGAGUCACUCGUGCAAUCACAAGACUGCGAGCAGGAGAUAUGAGGGAGGGUUCCUAUCAGGGAGGUGCAGAAAAACAACUUUUGUCAAUCAUUGAGAGGACAAAUAUAGUUGUUGUGGUGGUUUGAUUUGUUUUCGAAGCAGAAGUAGUGCAUGCUGCAAAUGGCCUGAAAUCGUUCAGCCACAUUACAGCCACAAACAAAGCGCAUUAGUGUUGCAUAAGCUAAUUGUUUCUGCAUCUGUGGCUCGCAGGUUUUGCACCCUCGUCUGCAGUCUUUUGGGGUUUUAGAGAGUUGUGUGAAUGCGUCUCUGAGAGUGAGAGUAGAGGGGGUGAAGGGGAAACAAGAGAGGUUCAAAGGAAACACAGUGAGGGUGGUCGGAAAGUUAACGUGAGUUGCUGCUGGGUGCUGGCAGGAAAGUAAGUGGUCGAGGCUGAGAACCAGUCGAGGUGCAGGAGAGUUUAACACAGAGGUUUUUACACAUUCUCAUCUCCCUGCAACCCACACACACACACACACUGCACUCCUACACCCACAGAAACAUCCACUCACGCUGUUGACGAACACGACAGCCCACAUAAUCUCCACACUGUGGGGGGAACAGACUCAUCCCCCUCAAUUCUCUCACACUUUUCUUGCUUACUCUGCAUGCAUUAUUAACCUACCUGUCUGAUAUCUUUAAAGGAUACUCAAAUAAUUUUUUUUUCCCUGUGUCUAAAGUUUCUUUCAGAUCGUGUCGUAAAGGCGGCGAGAUCAGUGUACAGCGUCAUGAUCGAGAAGAACCCUGGCCUGAUCCGAGACAGAAAGUAUCACCUGAAAACAUACAGGUACACACUCCAGAAGCAUGAUUUCUUACACACCUUAUUGCAAAUAUGCAUCUUAAUUAAUGAGCUAAUCUUCCCCUCACAGACAAUGCUGCUCAGGGAAGGAGCUCGUUGACUGGCUGAUGAAACAAAACGAAGGCCUUCAGAUGAGAAGUCAGGCUGUGGGAAUGUGGCAGGUCUUAGUGGAUGAAGGAAUUCUUAUUCAUGGUAAGAACUAACGAGCAGAAUAAAUAAUAGCUUUACAAAUGAAUCAAUAAGGGAAAAAAGGAGACAGCAUUUACAUGAUACCAUACUACACCAUAGCAUGCAAACAACAAUAAAAGAUACAAUACAAAUGGUACUGUGCACUUACGAUACGACACAGUUCCAUACGAUACGAUACGAUUCAAUACAAUAUAAUACGUUAUGAUACUAUACAAUUCGCUAUGAUACAAUACGAUAGGAUAGGAUUUGAUAUGUUACAAUACAACACAAUUCGUUACGAUAAGAUAUGAAACAAUAUGGUAUGAUACGAUACAAUACGAUUCGAUAUGAUAUGAUAUAUUACAAUACAAUACAACACAAUAUAGUACGAUACAAUAUGAUUCGAUGUUACAAUACGAUUCAAUAGGAUAUGAUACAUUGUGAUACGAUAUGAUACAAUACAAUACAACACAAUACAAUACAACACAAUAUGACACAAUACGAUACAAUACGAUUCGAUACGUUAUGUUAUGAUACAAUACGAUACAAUAUAAUACGAUAUGAUACGACACAACACAAUUCGAUACAAUAAGAUAUGAUACGAUAUGGUAUGUUACGAUACAAUACAACACGAUACAAUACGAUUCGACACAUUACAAUAUGAUGCGAUAGGAUAUGAUAUAAUACGAUACAUUACGAUACGAUAUGAUACAAUACGACACAGUACGACACAAUACGACACAAUAGGAUACCAUACGUUAUGAAACAGUACGAUACAAUACAAUACGAUUCGAUAAGCUAUGAUAUGAUGCAAUGUAAGUGAUGCAAUACGCUACGUUGUGAUGCAAUGGGAUACGAAAGAAAUACACAUUUAAACUCAUACUGACAAAAAAUCCCAAAAACAGAACAGUGAUGAAUGGGGCAUAGAAAAUAAAACUUGAAAAAGUUAAAUUCAUGUAUACAUAAUAAAUAUAGAUUACAGGUGAACUCAUGCCUCGGUACGAUCGUGUGGAACAACCUUACAACAAAUCCGUCCAUAUUCUGGUAUUUUUUAAUAUAUUCUGAUAAUAGUGUCUCGAGAGGUUCCCAGGAGAGCUUAAGAAGCUUGAAAUCUGGUGUCUGAGUCUGCCAGUGCAGAUGUUUUACAAUGUGCCCUCACUCAGUCAAGUGGUCACUAACUCAUUGCUUAUGUUAUUUAGACAAGGCACCGUCUUCCCGGAAGAGUCCACUCCAAUCAGGAUAUAAAAGCUUCAGCAUCAAAUGAAGGGGAUCACUCUGAAUAGAUUAGCUCAUAUUUUUAUGUGCGUGUGUUUUGUGAAGAAACUACCAGACAGCUAAACUCUCCAAUGUGUUCACUUAUUUCCCUUUUUUUUUUUUAGCAAUCAGUGUGUUUUUGUCCCGUUUUACCGCAAUCACUGUCGCCUCUCUAAAGGUCCGCACUCAUGGUAACAUUUGGGUUUAAUUCGUGUGUUUUCUCCUCUUUGUUUUGCCUCAAUCAAGUGAAACACGAGUUGAAUUUCCAUGACAAGGACACCCAGUUCUACCGCUUCCAGGACUCGGAGAGUGGCCUGAACCACAUUAAAGACGAGAAGGACUCGGAGGAGGAGCUGCAGGAGAGUCUGUCGCUGCUGUCUCAGCUCGGUCCUGAUGCUCUGCUCACCAUGAUCCUACGCAAAAAGUCAGUGUGAUACACCUCUGUCUGUCAUUGUUGAAUAUUAAUAUAUGGCGUGUUAAAUGAACUGCAUUGUAAUACAAUAGACUGAAUAUUAGCUUCCUCCAUCCAUCUGCUGCUCUUCUUGUUUCAUACCACCAAAUCCCGUGGAACAACAUGUUCCUCUUAAAUUAAAAUUAAAUCCAGAUCAAUUCAUCUGAUGUUGGAUAAUGACUGUGCUUUUUUAAAUAGUUAUCUUCAGUUUUAGAGGCAAAUGACAUGAAAAAGUAAAAAGUUCGACAUGCGUUUGUUUUUGUGUUCAGUCCCAGUCAGAGGAGUGCCGAGGACCUGGAGGUCAUCUAUGAAGAGCUCCUGCAUGUCAAGGCUGUAGCUCAUCUCUCCACCUCUGUAAGUUAGAGGCUAGUUUUCUUCUUGCACACAGGGGCACGAUCUUAGGGGUGGCAUGUGCAGUCCUCAAGAAUCUGGCCAGCACCUUAAUUCUGUGCUAGACUAUGAUUGGCUGUCUGCUUUGUCAGAGGCGGGACUUGUGUUUAAAUCAGUCACUGCGUUAACGCGCACAGUUAAGUCGAAUUACUGAAGACAGACAGGGUAAAUAAAUGCUAGUAUCUGCAUGUGCACGAACUUUUGUCAUGUGACCCUUGCAUAAAUCGUGCCCACGUUUGGCCACCCCAUUCUAAAAACUCUAGAUCUGCCCCUGCUCAUGCAAAUGCAACAAGCUCAAAUAGUCCUUACUUUGUGUUUGAUAUGGUAAAAAUAAUCUGACAUGAAGUUACUACAACUUGGGGGUUAAGUCGUCUAAACAGUAGUUGUGUAUGUCCAAAAAUAAAACAAAUAAUACAACCCUUUUUCUCUUUCUUUCUUGGACUACUUACACUUUGCAGCUCACUCUCUCUUUUCUUGCCCUGCUAUUCUGUAGGUGCGCAAGGAGCUGGCAGCAGUGCUGGUCUUUGAAUCACAUGCCAAGGCCGGAACAGUCUGUGAGUGUGACAGCUUUGCUGACGUUUUAACUCGAGUGGGACAGAACCUUGCUUACACACACAGAUUUAUUGUGUAGUUGCACCGCACUGUAGCAUACUGAUUCCCUGAUCCGCACAAACCCCACUGUUAGAGAGAGAGAGCCUCGCAGAUACAUGAAAGCUACCAAAAUAUGCACGACAUCGAGAAUAUUCAAACUUGUUCAAGUCAUGAUUGACUCAUGACGUCAGUGGAGGCGAUCAUGUGUUCUUAUUCGAUUGCAACGUACAUGAUAAAGCCUGUUGUCGCCAGGUGUGCUGUAAACGUGAUCGCCAUGCUGUGACGGUUAUUUACACAGAGACACGUGUGAGUGACUUGCGUCGGUGUUAACUGUCCUCGUUUUUACCCUGCAGUGUUCAGUCAGGGGGACAAAGGCACGUCUUGGUACAUCAUCUGGAAGGGGUCUGUGAAUGUGAUCACACAUGGGAAGGUAAGUCCUCAUCACUGGUGGCAAAAUCAGCAAUAAUCAGUCAGAGUGAUCAGGAUUGAUCUUGCAUAUUGAUGAAAGAGCUGUGUGCACGUAGGGUCUGGUCACCACGCUACACGAGGGGGAGGACUUUGGGCAGCUCGCUCUGUUGAACGACGCACCCCGAUCCGCAACAAUCAUCCUGAGAGAGGACAACUGUCAUUUCCUGCGCGUUGAUAAACAGGACUUCAUACGUAUCCUCAAGGUGUGUUUAUGUAACUAAGUGCAGCAUUGCCGUGCAUUUAAGGCCACGUGCGCAGAGACACUUGAGGUCUGUUUGUCUUUGGGAACUGCAAACUCACAUCCACAAAUAUGUACUCGACUCAGGCCGUCACACCUGUGCGUUUCUGUGUGUGUCUUUCUAUAGGAUGUCGAGGCGAACACGGUGCGGCUGGAAGAGCACGGCAAAACAGUUCUGGUGCUGGAGAAGAGCACGGUUCGAGCCGAACAAGGAGGAGCUGGAAACAACUGCAAGUGAGGGCCAACAUGAUGCACUCGCCUCUAUGACAACACACCUGUUACCUCACAAGCAGAGUCACGACCAUUAAGACACUAAUCCUGGGUGCGGCUGAUAACAUUUUAUGCAAAAUACACAACACUGCUGGUUUCUUUAUCGCCGCGAGCUAAAUGCUCCAAAGUUGCGUACAGCAAAUAAGACCUAUCAAAGGCAUGGUUGACGAUCUGAGAAGCAGUUGAAAGAAACUGAGCUGUUGAGGAAGAUCUGAAAAAAGUGUCCCACUCACCACACACAACCCUUUCCUCCCCCCGAACCUGUAUCGCCUUCCCCACGACACACCCCCUCUGGCAGAGAGCAAGAAGCCAACUGGCAGAUCCUACGCUAGCUUCAAAUAGGAUUCACCAUGUCGGAUUGUUCGUGACUAGCGGAAGUAAACGCCAGCUCUGCUAGCGAGCACUGACAUUGCAGAGACUAAUAACAGUUAGCGUCUGUUUUCGGAUGUUUCGUCAAGUUAGAUUCCUCGCUUGGUCACAUUUCCUCUUCGACUUUUUUUGCGUUUUCUUUCCACUUUUGGCGGUGUUUUUUUUGUGUGUGUGUCCUUCUCCAUCACAGCUCCUGUAGCUAAGCUGCUACGCUACUUUUAGCCGCUCAGAGCUCCGAGGAGGGCCGGUAGAGUGGGAGGGGAUGAGUCGGAACUAUGUGAUAGGGGUGUGUCAAAUACAGCAAGGUGAUUGGAUGGAGAGGCGGAGCAGGAGAUUGACCAAUAGGAGCUGUCUGGGACGGAUGGCUCCCAUUGGUCAAUGUUUUUGCAGCCCAGAACAGAUUUUUUCCGUUCUUUUUUCUCUUCACUUUGUGGAGAUCGCACUGUGGGACCGUAAUCGCCAUAUAAACGAGGUUCAUAAUAAUUAACAAUCUCUCCAAUCGACAACCAUGCCUUUAAAUCGACAAGUAUUGCAUGCUAAGAUGUGCUAGCAGUUAGCUUACAGCAGGAUAACAGAGCUUUAGCCUGCACCAGCUGUGUCCCAGUUCAUCCUUUGAGUGAAACAAGCUACGACGGCUGCAGCUUCACAUCCUGUGUCUGAAGUUGUCGAGUCUGGUCAAGUAUUCUGCAGCCGUCAGACAGUGUGGCAUCUAUUUGAACUGGCACUCAAGUGAAUCUAGAGCCUGAUACAUCCCUCAUAGCCGAUCCUAAUCUGGACUGGAAACUACCAAGCAAUCAGACUUAAAACAGCGUCUGUCUUUCAUUAUUUGCAGGGAGUUUUCCACACUGUAACCCAUAAUAAAAGAGCCAUUAAGAUGAUAAAUAAUCAUGUAGAGAUAUUAUGAUCAAAGUAAUAUUACACCACAUUAGCAGGUACUUGCCAAAACAAACAAAUACCCACACGGAUCUCCUUUUUGAUGUCGCGUGCAGGUACACAGUCAUGUCAGGAACGCCUGAGAAAAUCCUGGAACACCUGCUGGAAACCGUGAAGCUGGACUCCAAUGGAAACGACGCCAUAGGUGGGAGCGUUUGUCUAUUUUUACCGAGUGACUCACAGCGAUCAGAUUUACUCAUGCAGGUUAGUUCUGACUGUUUUUGCGGUGUUUGUCCUCUUCUUUCAGAUCCAUGUGUGAGCGACUUUCUGCUCACCCACAAAAUCUUCAUGCCUUCUAGCCAGCUGUGUGCCGCUCUGCAGCAUCAAUAUCCUCUGAUGGGGCAGAUUGGUUGUGAAACGGUGUUGAUGAUAUCUCUGAUUUUAUGUUGUGGUCCUUGACUAUCAUUGCACAUAUCAUGCAGAGCUCUCUGAGGGCUCCGAUCAGGAGAAAUCUUCAUAUAUCCUCAACACUAAACAGAAGGUGGUGAAGCUGAUCGGCCAGCUCGUGACUCUGUAUGGCCUCCUGCUGAAAGAAGACCCCGUUAUUUUGGAGUUUCUUGAGGUGAGAUCUAAUGCUUUGAGUUGAUUGCUUUUAGUUUAUUCGGAAUAAAGAUUUGGGAUAACAGAUUUUAUAUACCGUGGCCAUAUGUCCUCUUUUUUGGGGGCUGUCUGGUUUUGGUCCAGGGAAGUUUAUAAUAUCCUUCAAAUGUCCGCUGUUUUUUACGGGAGUUACAAAUUUGUCACGUGGACUUACUGAGUUAGUUUUAAAAAUGAACUUUGUGCGACUCUGUGUCCUCUUUUUAGGAAGUCAGAAUAUGGUCACCCUAAUUUAUAGAGAUUAAUUUAUUUAUGCCGUAUCCAAACUUUUGUAUUCUUGCUGAAACAGAGGUUAAAGAAGGAGGUCGCAGCUGAUUUUCGUCUCUGCAACAUGCUGAAAGAACAAUUAAGAGACAGGAGGAGAACCAAAGUGUAAGUUUGCCUCAUUAUCAUCAAAAAUCUCACAUUUCUCGACGAUUUCAUAACCCGUCAGGCGGUCUAAGUCAUUUUUUUAAUAUCUUUACAGCCUGGAGAAUGGAUAUCAGUCUCUAACCAAGGUGAGCAGCAUAUUAAUAUCAGAUACAUUUCAAUGAGAGCCUCAGUUUGAAUGUCACGCUGCCUUCAUGUGUCCGUUUUUGACGUCUGAGUCACUCUGAUGGCACCAACAGAUCCAGAAAUUUGAUUGGUUCUUGAACUGUGAGGAGCCAGCAGGGAGGUUACAACCAAUCAGAGCGCAAGACAAAGGUGAGUUACAAAAAAUACCGGACUUAUUGAGCGUGUUCUGAUCCGUAUCUUUACAACACGCCGCCACACAGAUGAGUUGUGUGGCGUUCACUCGCGUCUCCGUGGGUGUAGUUUAUGAGUAAUGCUGCCAGCGAGCGUCAUCUAUCAUCACAUCAGCAUAUCUUGACAUUUCAGCAUCUGUCUCUCCUCUGUGCGCAGUUCUGUACGAGAUCUUCAGACCAGACAACAAACCGCUCACUCUGAUGCUCCCAGUCAACUCCUCUGUACAGGAAGUGAUGUCAGCGGUAGUCAAACCUGGAGGCGAUCAUGUUCUGGUCAAAAUGAACUCGACAGGAGGUGAGACUCUGAUUUAUAUCUUCUCCAGGUCUGGUUAGUUGUUUUCUCUCAUCUGGAGAAAAAUACCUGUGGUUUUGGGGAAAACCAAAAACCCCUGUGGUUGUUCCUGUUUCACUUCCUCUACACGCCAAAUUAGCGCCAUAAAAUCUGGAAUAAGAGUCUCAUUGGUGCAUAAGAUGCUGUCUGUUUUUAGGGGAAAAGUUCCCCUUAGUGGUCUGCAAUGUGAAGUUCCCAUGCAGAUGUGUAGCUCUCUAUAGUAGCAUCUUUUUUUGCCAUCUUGCUAGAGACAAGUGUGGUAGUUCAGCCCACGUUACCUCUGCUAGUCAUGAGGAUUGGGGACCAAUUUACAAAACUUAUCUUGAGGAGUCUAACUGAGACUACGUUUACACCUACCAGACUUUUCACCCUCUCCGUUUACAAAAAAACUGCGUGCACACCACUGUUUUCAGAAAAGUUUUCGUUUACAUUAAACCGAGUAUACAUGUUGUAAAGAACAUAUCAAACCUGUAGGCGGCAGUGUAGCAAGAAGCUCAAGCCUACAUUAGCCAAUCAGAAUCCAGCAUAGCAGCAACAACAACAAUGUGCCUUCCUUCUUUCCUGCACACAAUCUACCCAAAUGUCUGUUUAGGAGUUUUUAAAAAGGGUCGUUUUCAGGGGGUAAUUCUCCGUUUGUGUCUAAAUAAAUGGUGCGAAUGAUGGUUAAUGUCUCCGUUUUUUUUAAUUACUGGGUACGUAUAAGCGGGGCCUAAUUAAACCAGCAACCAGUCCACCCGCCUUGCUGUGUAUUCAACAUGCUUCGUGCAGCAGAGUGGCUUCUUGCCUCUUGAAGCGCCAUCUUCUGGGUAGAAACCAUAUCACAUUCAAAUUUCUACUUGUACAUUUAAUACAGGUGCAGUAGCUGCACUGGUUUUUAGGUUGGGGUCAACUAUAAAGUCAGAAAAGUACUGAAAAUGUGUCGCAUACUGCAAGUUUUAUGGUAAGGUGAAUUAUUUUUGCAGCCAGUUUUUUUACAGCUUGGUUUUUGCUGUUUUCUCUAACCCUGUUUAUUCGAAGCUGCUCUAAAAUUUCUGUUUCCAGCUCUUUCUGAUUUGUGUUUAUUGUUUUUUCACAGAUUUAGUUUUGUUUAUUAAACCUAAAACAUGCUCUUGUUUUAUUAAAUGCACACAGAGAGAGCUCAGUUAAAGCUGGAUGCGACCGCAGUCUACACCGCUCUGGGACUCAACGAGAGACUCUUCAUCUGCACAAGCAGCCAAGUGGAACAUCUGGUGAGGAAUACAACGCCAGAUGAAAACUUUUUACUGUAGCAUCAGGAGUAAUUCUCCCGUAUUUGUCAUAUUCUCAUUAUUUUUUUAUACUGCGUUAACAAAGAUGGUGCCAAAAACAACUAGAAAGACAAUCAACUACAUAUUUUAACCCCUGUACUCUUCCCAGGAGCCUCUGAAGGAGCAGCAGGGUCCAGAACAAGGAUCUACAGACAUCCUCGAACAAAUGUGCUCCAAAGACAUCGCCAAUGAACUCACCAACUACGACUGGGAGCUCUUCACUGCUGUACAUGAGGUAACUUACAAAACUAACCCCAUUUAUCCAAACAUAUCUUUAAAAAAGAGGCUAAAUACAACGUCAAAUGUCACACAUAUUUUACGAGUUUCUAAAGCAUGUCAUGUUCAGUAAGUCCCUAGUAAAAACCUUGUUCUCUUGUGUAAAAUGUACUCAACGUUGUGAUUUAUUGUCCCUGUCGCUCCAGGUGGAGCUGAUCUACUACGUAUUUGGAUGCCAUAAAUUCUCAGGUGCCAUCACGGCGAACCUGGAGCGGUUUGUGCGUCACUUCAAUGAGGUGCAGUACUGGGUCCUGACCGAACUCUGUCUCUGUGAGGACCUGGUGAAACGAGCCGUCCUGCUCAAGAAGUUCAUAAAGAUGGCAGCAGUGUAAGGAACUAAUGCAUAAGAUUAUACGAAUAUUGGUUCAUGGGUGUCUGCAGUGACAAACUAAAACUGCAAAACUAAAAAGCACUGGGAAUACACGUGGGUAAAGACUUGGACAAAACAUAGACAGGUUUGGACAAUGAACCAACAAGAAUGAGGGGAAAACAGGGACUUUAUACACACUGGGAAAUGAGAAACAGGUGAGACGGACAAGACACAGGUGAAACUCAUGAGUGAUCAGCAAAGGAGGGAAAACUAAGUUUGAUAUGUAGGGGAUUGGCUACGACGAAAUACAACCGAAAACAUGCAAAACUUUGAAACCAAACAGUGAAAAAGAAGAACAACAGAGAAAAAUGACAAAGAAUUAUUAAAACAAAAUAACAAAACUGGAACAAACUGAACCAACAAGAACCUAUCGUGAGAGUUUCGUCUGUUUUUUUUUUUUAAUGGUUCAAGGAAAGUAUAAAAGUUUUUAAUUAGCGAACUUUAGCAGCUAUGAAUCCUAUAAUGCCUGUCGCAAGAAAUAAAUGGACAGAAAAUUAUUAUUUUUUCAUUUGUCUCUUUUUAAAAGAAAAUUUUAAAUUUAAUUUUUUUUAAUCUAAUAAAAUUUAAAUUAAUAAUAAUAAUUUACAUGUAUGUUUUUGUGUUUAUAUCAUAUUUGUGACAUCAAGUAUUUUAUUUAUUAUUUUUCUUUUUAUUAUUAUUAUUCAUUAUUUUAUUUUAUUCAUUGUAACUUUAUUUAUUCAUUUUAUUUAUUUUUUAUUUUAUUUGAAUUUCGCUUCGGGGUAUUAAUAAAGCUCUUCUUAUUCUUUUCUUAUUCUUAUUCUUAUUCUUAUUUACACAGUUGUAUCCACUAGGGGGCAGAAGACAAGUAUUGAUAGUAUACAACAGGGUUUUAAGUUUUUACAAUAUGACAAUGCAAUAGGUCUAAAAAAUGUAUGUAUCAACUAAGGUUAAGUUUACCCAGCCAAUUUUUGGAGUUGACAUAAUCAGGAAAACGUGUUAAACAGAAAAACUUGUAAAGAUUAGCUCAAAAAUUUCAGAGUAUUCGGAUGUCUCACGGUUUCUUUGCUUACCAGCAUGUUUUUUUCUCACUCUUCAUUGUGCUUGUUGACAAAAAAUUGAUUAGUUAUUUAGCUUAUGUUUUCAUAUAGCUGACAGCAGAGCAGCACAGAAAAAAAACUUCAAACCUUAAAUUAAUCCCCAUUUAUCUUCCUGUCGCAGAUUAAAAGAGCAGAAAAACCUCAACUCUUUCUUCGCUGUGAUGUUUGCUCUGAGCAACAGUGCGGUGCAGAGGCUUUACAAAACCUGGGAGGUGAGGGACACCUGAGUGCAACAGUCAUAAUGACAUUAAAUGUUUUGUCACUUUUUGUUUCUCUGUAAUUUCAGCGAUGACUCACGCAGCAAUUUUCUGUCCUCUGUCUGUUUUAGAGAAUACCCAACAAGACUAAAAGGAUCUACUGUGCCUACGAGAGGUUGAUGGUGAGUUUGCUUUCAUUCUGGUACAUUUUGUUGUUUAUAUAAAUUCAAUAUCAGGUUUUUUCACAAUGCUAUCUCUUUAUUUUCUACAGGAUCCAACACGAAACCACAGGGCCUACAGACUGGCUGUGGCUAAGCUGAGCCCACCUUACAUCCCCUUCAUGCCUCUGCUGCUCAAAGGUAACAUGUACCAGCAGGAUCACAUUUACAGUACAAGAUUAGACUGACAUCUAAAUUACAGUAAUUUCCUGACAUGUUUCCUGCUCCUGUCUAUUCCCAGACAUGACAUUCAUCAACGAGGGAAAUCCAAACUACGUUGACAAAUUGGUCAAUUUUGAGAAAAUGGUGAGAAAGAAAAAUUGAGAAUUAUUCUCCAGAGUAUCGGAUUUAUUAACAUAGUUGUUUCUUUUUUAGCGUAUGAUUGCCAAGACAGUGAAGAUUGUUCGUGGAUGCAGAAGCCAACCAUACGGUGAGUUAUCUAGGUCACACCGACAGCCUCACAGGGGGGAUAUGGUGACCUUAGUCUUUGGGUUUUGGCGAAGAUUAUCAUACAUGCAGGCUAAAACUCUGUUUCUCUUCUGCAGUGGCAUCGUCUCCACAGAGGGGUCUGGCUGAUCGGAUGUUUCUGGACGUACCUGCCACUCGAAUUUCUACAUGUAAGACGCAUCUACAACUGUUAAUCCCUGUUGUGACAUACGUUUCAUAGAGGAAAAGGAGCUUCAAGUUAAAUAUGUUUAAGUAAUAAAGGUUUAUUUUUCUCACCCAGACUCAGACAUCACCCUCCCUCUGAGGACACCCAGCAACAUCCGACACUACAUCACCAACCUGAAAGUGAUCGACAACCAGCGCAAGCUAACACAGCUGUCGAGAACAUUAGAAUGAGAGGACGUCCACCUGCUGAUGUGCAGAGACUGUAAAAACUGUAGCUCGAACCUGAACCACAGGACGGGUCAGAGAUGGAGAAAUGACACGUCUACACUGGAUGGACCUCUGGAUGUGUUUACUGGAGCUCGGACGCUGAUGGAUGAACUUUUUACAGGGGUGUUAAAAUGUGUGGUGUGCACAGUAAUGACCCUCAUGCUAAACUGGAGGGACAUACAGAACAACUUUACCCUCAUGAAGGCCAUGUUACAACAUGUAAAGUGUUAAAAUUCAUUAUGUGACGUAUUUAUACAGCUAUCUGAAAAAGAAGGACUCUUGUGGUCCCAUUAAAGGGGCCAUAGGGAAACACAUAUUCCACAUAUUAGCCAAUACCAAACACUUAAAGGGAUAUUCCGUUGUAAAUUUAAAUUAGGGCCAAACACACAGUAACACCGAGUUCGACACCCCCUUUAGAGGUGAAUGUUGCCAAUUGCUUCCUUCUCUAGUCAUACCAACUUCAGCAACGACCACAUGAUAGCUAAACAAAGCAGUCCACAUCUCCAUGCGCAAAAGCUCAACCAAAACGCCACUCUAUAGCCACAAAUAAUGCUCAGAACAGCACCUAACUUCAUCAACAGUACAUAUAGGGUCCUAGCCAUAGUACUAGCUGUCAAAUAUCUUUUUAGAUUUGACUAAUUUCUUGAGCAAAGAGACUAAACACAACUCACCCACUCUCCUCCAGAAGCCGCAUGUUUGUAGGGAAGCCCUGACGAGUCAAUCACCGAGUGCAGCAGAAAAUUUAUGAUUACUUAAUUGAAAUACAAUCAGAGAAGUUAAGGCAGAAGAAGUACCGCGUCUGCAGUGCACAUACAAGAUACACAAGAACUCUGAUUGCAUUUCAUUUAAGUAAUCAUCAUAAAUGUUUUUCCUUGAGCUGCGAAACUCCACUGCACUCCGUGAUCGAUUUGUCACUGCUCCCCCUACAAACAAGCGACUGCUGGUUGGUAUCAUAGACUGUAUAUAGAAUUGACGCCGUCUGCCUCCUCGCUGGGUGAAGCCACUCCAAGAACAGCACCCUCUGGCGACCGGCUGCAGUAUAGGUCAUAUAUCCCGUACAACUUCAUUUUUAAAAGUUGUCAGGGGGUUCAUGUUUUCUAUGAUUGACACUUGAUACAGCCUAUGGGUGUACGAAGAUUGCUCUCGGCGACUCUUCCGCUGAAUGCGUAAAUUGCUACUGCCCAAUGUUGGUUUCAGGAAGUGGAGAAAAAACGCGGGAUAACCGAGUGCUUUCAAGCUUUUAAUCCAUACACUGGUGAAAGGCGGAACCAAGUUGUCCAUAGUUUAUACAGUCUAUGGUUGGUAUAACUAGAGACCAAGCAGUCGGCAACAUUCAUCUAUCGAGAGGGUGUCUGACUCAGUGUUACGAUGUGUUUGACCAUAACUUAAAUUUACGCCGGAAUAUCCCUUUAAGAUCAUCUUUUGUGCACUCGUGCUUUCACAUUAGAACUAAUAUAUUGUAUCAGCCUCGAACUGACUCGCUUUUAUUUCAUACAAUGUUCUUUUUCUAAAUAAAUUAUUUUCUCAGUUA